GAGCGUCUACAGAUUUGGUGCCGCAGUUACUUGGUAUGUUUGAUGAGUUGGCACAUAAGGCUAUUGAUCACCUCACCCAUCUACAUCAGCACCAGCGUCAGGAAAACCAGAGCAUUAAUUCCUCGGCGCUGGCAGUAGGCCCCAAUGAGGAUGACAAACGAUUGUUCAGACAAGAAAUAACCGACGGGAGUGCUGGUGGAUUGAUGCCAGAUUAUGCCACCAGGAGACGUAAACACCUCGACCGUCCACUAUCAGGCAGUUCAAUUGCCUCAAGCACGUCCUCUAGUGGAUGCAGUAAUCAAGGAAACGCUUGUUCCGCUAAUCCCUAUUUGGCUUCAGUCGAGUCACUGGCCGAUACCUGUGCCAGCUCUCAAGGUUCUGCAGACAGUGGCGUAGUAACAGCCUCUGAAGCGACAAACGCAAACAACAUAAACAGAAGAAACAGCCAAAGUAUCGAAGAUUCACCACUUUUGUAUCACCGUGCCCGUUAUUGCGAUCCAAAACGAAACCCAGUAGAGCGAGUACUGUUAGAAAUAGUGGACACUGAGGCGAUAUACGUGGAGCACCUGCGCCAAGUAAUCCAAGGGUACUUGAUAUUUUGGCGAGACGACCCUGCUUCGUUGCUGCAGGAUCUCGAAUUGAAUGAUCUGUUCAGCAAUAUCGAGGACAUAUUCCGUUUCAACAGCGAAUUUCUAAAGGAAAUAGAAGCCUGCGGUUUAGAUCCUGUUAGCAUCGCUAAUACAUUUACUAAACACAACUCCGGCUUCAAGGUUUACACGGAAUACUGUACAAAUUAUCCACGUACAGUAUCGGUACUUACGGAUCUGAUGAGUCGUGAUGAUACUGCUAAAGCAUUUCGUGAGAGACAAGCUGCACUGGGUCAUGCAUUGCCGCUCGGUUCGUUUCUUCUUAAGCCGGUACAGAGAAUAUUAAAGUACCAUUUGUUGUUGGAGAACUUGUCAAAGGAGUACGAGGCUGACGAGACUAGGAAGAGGAGAGACAAAGAUUUGUUCGGUAAAGCUAAAGACGAUCGUAAUAUUAUUGAGGAGGCAUUGGCUACUAUGACCGGUAUCGCUAAACACAUAAAUGCUAUGAAGCGACGGCACGAACACGCCGUGAGGGUUCAGGAGAUACAAUCGCUCCUUUACGGAUGGCCUGGUCCUGAUCUUACCACCAGUGGGGAGCUGAUCGCCGAGGGUAGAUUCAGAAUGAGGGGCGCCAAAGCACCACGACAUGCAUUUCUUUUCGAACGGAUGUUGCUAUUGACCAAAAAAAAGGAAGAUGGCUUACUUGUUUACAAAGCCCAUAUUAUGUGCUCUAACUUGAUGUUGAUUGAAAGUAUACCCGGUGAGCCUUGUAGUUUUCACGUUAUUCCAUUUGAUAAUCCACGUUUGCAAUAUACAUUACAGGCACGAAACUUGGAACAAAAACGCGAGUGGACUCUUCAAAUAAAACGAGUGAUGCUAGAAAACUACAACGCCGUGAUUCCUAUCCAUGCACGACAAUUAGUUCUACAACUCGGACAAACCCACCACGAGGACGAAAAUACGAACGUCAGCGACCGCGGAUCCGCAAAGAAGUUGUACUCAGCACCUCCGGAGUACUUGGAGCGUCGAAAGUUGGAAAAAGAACGCCGGCGCUCAGAAGCCGGCAUCCGUCAAAAGUUGAAGAAAACCAUGUCCUCAAAAACACCGGAGCCCAACCAAAAUCAAUCUACCCCAGAUUCACCCGCAUCCUCUCGAAAAUCAACCGAAGACCCGAACAUGAAUCGCGAUCGAAGCCUGAACCGAUCUCUCGACGGCCGCACCUCUAAUAAAGUGAAGGAUCGUUUUACAAACUGGCGACGUAAAUCCGAACCUGGUUUCCAAUCUUACAUCUCGCUGAACCAGUCCGACGACGAAAAAGAUGGAGAUAUAGUUACUGAAGCUACCGAUUCUUUGAUACAAGCUGACUCAUCAGCACCCGAAAUAGCCAAUUCAGCAAACCCCAACACCAGCGCUGUUAAUGACACGUAUAGUAAUAAUUUGUCAAGUAAAAAUUUACCUUCUGCAAACAUAAAUACCAAAGAUAAAGAUACCAACGAACAACAACAACAAUUGCAACAAAUACCGCAAGAACAAACACAACCACGGACUGUUGAAGAAAUAGUCGGGCAUAUUUUAAUGCAGAACCAGGAAUUUCAACGUCUGUUGGAAAAACAGCGAAAUAACAGUCUCGCAAAUGUCAGGAAUCAGCGGUUUAAAAAACAUCAAAGGUCUGUUGACACUUCUGAUGACAGUGACACCGGUGAACAAAAUUAUUCAAUUGAUUUUAACAACAUUAAUAAUAGUAAUAGUAACAACAAUAAUAAUAAUAAUAAUAAUAAUAAUAAUUCUAGAGUAAGACCAAACAGAAUAGUAAGACGAGAGCACAGACUAGUAAGAACCAACAACGCCUGGAACAGUUUAUCUUCCCAAAGUUCUCGGGAUACUCAGCCCAGUUUGCAGCUCCAGUACAACAACUUGCGGGUUGACGACAACAAGAACCAAGUUCAAUCUAACAACAAAAUAAACCGGGUUCAAGAAAAAAAAGCUGUAUUUGAAGCCUUUAAGCGACAGAGUAUCGUUACGGAGAGCAAGAUCAUUAAAACUGCACUGCGCAUGCGCGACAACAGUCCCGCGAGUGCCGAAAAAAUGGCCGGCAAAGAUAUUGAUACUGGCGAUGUUGAUGACGCGUUGUGUAAUUCUCAUUAUGGAGUGUGGGAUGAAUUGAAGAGCGAACGAUGUUCGAAGACUAGUUCUGACAGUCCAACUAGGCCUGCAGUUUGGCUGACAAAACUCUGUCAGGACUUGCCGAGCUCGCCGCAAAAAAGCGGAUCAUUACCCCGGAGCUUUCAGAUAAAUCAAAAUAAUCCGUCGACGGGGUCGGGGACAGGAACAGAUAUGCAGCAGAUUAGCAAGGCUAGGUUCUUGCAGCGAGAUGGUAAGCCGAUGAGCGAACGGCCUUUUACAAUAGCCUCUGACAAGCCCGCAGAGAUAAAUAUCGAUGAUGUCGAGCAGCGGUAUACCACUGCGGAUAAUAAAAUUAAUUUGGGCAAUAAAUUCAAAGAGUCUACCUCUACUUCGAGAUUUUACUCGGUGGAGGAUAAUCUGACGGAUGCUGACUCGGAUGUCCAGACCACCACCAGUGCGAACAUUCAUCCAGAUCACAAGAUUUACAGGGUAAAUAUCAGUGGAAGCAUGCUGAAGAACGUGCUGUCCAAAGCUGGCAGUAGAUUACAAGGGUUGAGGUCCACUGUCAGCGCGGAGACUCUUGAAUGUGUGGAUGAGUUUGAUAAGACUAAGAGAUUUGCCAGCAAAAUUAAGAAGAAGAAAUUCAGCAAGUCGAGACUGUCGAGAGAAUCUUCGACGGAUGUUGAUGAACCGAUCGGAUGCAUGCCUGGUAAUUCGACGAUGGAUUUAACAGACAUGUAUUAUAAACAAGGAAGUUCUGGACUUGGAGCUCGCAUUGCCCAGGCUGACUAUGCAGACCCGUCAACGCUAUUUUUUGACAUCAAGCGCGGUGAAUCAUGUGCACAAAUUUCUAACAGUAAUUUAGAUAAUGAAGAUGAUAUGGUUGGCAAAGAUGUUGCGGACAGGCAGAGGCUGCCCAGUGAUGGUGAUAAUUAUUAUGAGAAAUGCUUUGAAUCUAUUGAAAAUUAUGUUGAUGAGACUGAUGACGCCUUUAGGGAUAGUGCAAUAUUCAGCGAUGGCGAGGAAGUUAUUUCGCCGUUUGUUAAAAGUAAACUUAGGAUGUCGCUUAAUGAAGUUAGUUCUACUCAAGGGGCUGUAAGUGAUAGAACCGUGGGAAAACCAAAAGUAGCGCCACCUGUGCCUGUAAAGAAGAAAACUAUCAGGAAUACCAAAUUUAUUUGCGAUGACAGCAAACCUGACAUUGCGCUGAAGCCGGAUAACCUGAAAGUACGCACUAGGUUUAUUGUUGGUAAUGCUGGCUAUGCUGGAAAUAUUGAUGAGUGCGUUAAAAUUACUGUUAAGGAGAGAGGCUCGACUCCUGUUUCGAUACCCAGUUAUUUGACGAGCAAGGGGGAAUUUUGUAGCGAAAAUGUUAAUGGAGAUAAUGGUAAUGAGGGAAGAAAUAAUUCUAAUGAUGUUUCAGCGGGACAGAGUCAAGCAGGUUGGGUUAAGAAAAUGGUGGGACAACUGCAAGCACAAAUAGAAACUCUG